AUGAAUUUCGCUGAUGAUUUGAGACAAGAUGCACGCAUUCAACGACGAAGUAUUGGCCAAUUUUCUGGAAAUUUUGAUCGUCGUUCUUUCGAUGAAUUAGAUUUUCAAAAUUGCUUUCUCUCGCCAGUACAAUGCAUGUUACCGAGAAUGAAUCGCAGGCGAUGA